AUGGCGACUAUUAUUAAAUGUUUAAAAUUCCACCACCCCAGUACUCUUUUUACCAUGGAAAGAAGAAAACUCAUGUAUAAUACUAAUAAUUCGGUGUUAAGCAAGAGUCCUAAUGUAAUGUUUGUCGUAAGAAGAAAUCUCUUAAAGCAUUCUAUCAACCACAUCAUGAACAAGAAGGUAUUGGACAGGUAUUUACGACUGCCUUUACCUUGUAACAAAAUUUUGGCAACUUAUGUGUGGAUUGAUGGUUCUGGUAUUAAUAUGAGAUGUAAGGAUCGAGUCUUAGAUUGUGUUCCCUACUGCCCUGAAGCUGCCCCCUUCUGGAGCUUUGACGGAAGUUCAACCGGGUUAGCAACAACUACUAACUCUGAUACCAGCCUCCGACCAGUUGCCGUCUACAGAGACCCAUUUCGUGCAGACCCACAUGUUCUUGUCCUCUGUGACGUUCUUAAGGGCGAUAGUCAGGAACCCGCAGCAACAAACUUUAGAAUAUUUUGCAACAAAUUGAUAGAAAUGCAUAAGGCUGAGGAACCGUGGUUUGGGCUUGAACAAGAAUACACUAUGUUGGAUGUUGAUGGCUGGGGCUUAGGGUGGCCUAAAGGCGGGGGUUACCCUACGGUCAAAUAUCAAUAUUCGUAUUGUGGUGUUGGAGCAAAAUACAUGGCUGGUAGAGACAUAGUAGAAGCACACGAGAGAGCUUGCUUGUAUGCUGGUUGUGAUUUUGAAGGCACUAAUGCUGAAGUGACCCACGCUUCUUGGGAGUGGCAGGUAGGCGCUACAGUUGGCAUUAAAGCUCCAGAUGAUUUAUGGAUGACACGUUUUAUUAUGAACCGGUUGGCUGAGGAUUAUGGGGUAGAUAUCACAUAUCAUCCGAAACCGUUUGGAAUGUUACACCCUGGUAUAGGUAUGCAUCAUAAUUUUAGCUGCGUAAAGAUGCGUUCAGAUGGUGGCUAUGAAUUUAUAUUGGAAUGCAUAAAAAAGCUAGAAAAGAAUCAUAUGAAACACAUGAAAGUUUACAGUAACGAAGUUUGGUCAAAUAAGAUGAGGCUAUCAGGUAAAUUUGAAACCGCACCAUUUGACAAAUUUUCUUGGGGCGUCGCUAACAGGGGCACCUCUAUUCGGAUACAGAGAGAAACAAAAGCCAAAGGUAAAGGAUAUUUGGAAGACAGGAGACCAGGUGGAGAUUGUGACCCUUACCUCGUUUGUGGAUUGUUAAUGGAAACUUGCUUAGGUGGUUCUUCUGGUGGUGGAGGCUCAAAGAGUGCGAAAUGUAAUUUCAAGGACCCCUGUAAAAAGUAA